AUGACCUCGGACUUCGAGCUCCAAAUGGGCAAGAACCUGGAAUGUUCUUCGCUGUGUACCGCGGAGGUCGGGCGCAAAGACGUGAAAUGGGGCCGACAGCUCAUCAGGGAAGGCUAUGUAGCAGAAUGGAUUGCCGACAAUCUGCCGGGAGCAACAAGCUUCGUGACCGUCGACCGACGCCGAAAAUAUUACGCAUCGGGUUUCAAGUUGGGAUACCAGGAGUUCUCUCCUGUUGACGGAAAACUGCGCUACUACAUCAACAAUCAUUUUACCAUCGUGAUUCGCUGGCGCUCGGCGCCCGAAGGAGGCAAGGUCGUCGUUGGAUUCGAAGUAUACCCAAAGAGUAUCCGUGCCCAGGAUCAUGGAGCGGACGGGUGCCCUGAGCACGUUCACGAGGAGCACGAGGGUCUCGAGCUUUACAUCCCGCCGAACCUGGAACACCUCCGGGAGAAGUACCCGGGCUCGUCAUACCUACCGGAAGAUGAUGAUUAUGAUGAUGGGGCUACAUUGAAGAUACCUAUCACUUACUCGGUAUACUUCAAGGAGGACAAUUCGAUUGAAUGGUCAAGCCGAUGGGACCUUUACUUCAGCAAACAAGAUGACAGUUCGAUGACCCACUGGUUGGCUGUUCUGAACUCUUUGACAAUCUCUGGCGUUCUUGGCGUCGCGGUCUAUGUUAUCUGGAGCAGAACCGUCCAGGGAGAUAUCAAAGGCCGAGGCGACGGGGCGAUGGAGGACCGGAAAGUCAGGAGAGGCCCUGCCAAGAAAGAGGGGCUUUUAGACCAGGCUGCGGACGUGGAGAGGGAGGCGGAUCUUGACUCUGAUGAUGAAGGUAUGGACGAUGUGAGCGGCUGGAAGCUCCUACAUGCGGACGUGUUCCGGGUGCCGGAGUUCAGCGGACUCCUUGCGCCUUUGGUUGGAUCUGGAAUGCAGCUGCUAUUCAUGACUUCUGGAUUACUGAUUCUCAGCUGCUUGGGUAUCUUGAAUCCCAGUUACCGAGGCGGCUUCGUUAGCGUUGGCACGGGAUUGUUUGUCUUUGCUGGUGUGUUUUCUGGUUACUUCUCGGGAAGUCUGUACAAGACGUUCGGUGGAAAGAGCUGGCGCAAGAACACACUGAUCACUGCCCUCUUCUUCCCGGGACUGACAUUCUGCCUCGUCUUCAUCCUCAACCUUUUCGUCUGGGCCCAGGCAUCUAGCACAGCAAUCCCAUUCGGCACACUUGUCGGCAUUGUGUUCCUUUGGUUACUAAUCCAAGUGCCUUUGGUGUACGCCGGCAGCUGGUACGGUUAUAUGCGGGCCAAGCCCUGGGAGCACCCUACCAAGACCUCGUCCAUCCCGCGCCAGAUCCCUCCACAGCCAUGGUACUUGCAAAAUGUCGCAGGAGCCAUUCUUACCGGCUUAGCUCCGUUCGCAGUCCUAUUUAUCGAGCUUCUCUUCGUGUUUAAGAACCUGUGGCAGGACAAGAGUGGAUACUAUUACGUGUUUGGUUUCCUGAGCGCCGUGACCACGAUCCUGAUGAUCACUGUCAGCCAGGUGACGAUUAUCGCGACGUACAGCCAGCUCUGUGCUGAGAACUACCACUGGUGGUGGCAGAGUUUCCUGACCGGCGGCAGCAGCGCCUUCUGGGUCUUCGCGUACUGCAUCUGGUACUACUAUUUCCACUUGCACAUCACGGGCUUCGUGUCGAGUCUACUCUUCUUCAGCUAUAGUUUCCUGGCUUGCGCGGUGUACGGCUUGUUGACGGGUACUGUUGGGUUCCUAACGGCGUAUGCGUUUAUUCGUCGGAUCUAUAGCUCGGUCAAGGUGGACUAG